UAAAAGCGUAGAGACAAAUAGCGUAGUGUAGUACAGACCAGUCAAGAUGGACCACGCGUCGGUGUCAGAGUUGGAAAAAAUCAACAAAAACGGAACACAGAAUGAAAUAUUUGAGUCGAAAGACAAUUUUUGUCGAAAGGAAACUCAAGCGCCGAUAAGAAGACAGAUUUUAACGUGUUUUGGAACAUUUAUGGUGACUCUCGGUUCAGGCGCAACUGCUGGAUUUUCUGCGAUUCUUAUUCCACAAUUACAGAACUCAAAAGAAGAGAGACAAUAUUCAAUAGAGAUGAUAUCAUGGCUAGCGUCAAUAUCGUCAUUUGCACUAGUAUUUGGAAACCUACUCUCUGGAUACUUGAUGGAAAGAUUUGGAAGAAGAAUGUCCCAAUUAGUACUGUGUGUAUUCUUUGUAUCUGGAUGGGCUACAAUCGGUCUAUCUAAUGAAAUUAUAUAUGUAAUACUAACUGGCAGAUUUAUUACUGGACUUUGUCAAGGAUGGCUUGGUCCACUUGGACCAGUAUUUAUAGGGGAAAUUAGCUCACCUAUCCAUAGAGGAUUUUUCUUAGCAGCUUUGUCAUUAGCCAUAGCAACAGGUGUACUUAUGUCUCAUUUCUUCGGUACAAUUCUACAUUGGUCUACUACGUCAAUACUGUGUGGAUCAUUUCCUUUGAUUGGUGGGAUUAUAUUAUAUUAUGUACCUGAGUCACCAGCAUGGUUAGCCUCUAAAAAUCGAAUCGAUGAAUGCAUUGCAUCCUUUCAGUGGUAUAGAGGCAAUGGUUUAGAAAUGAAAAUGGAAUUAGAUAAAAUGAUUAAUGAACAGACGAAGAAAGAUACAACAAAGGGGAAGUUGGAAUCAUUACAGCAGAAUAUCAGGAAGCCACAAUUUUGGAAGCCUCUAUUAAUAAUGAUAGUAUUCUUUUUAAUUACGCAGCUCUCUGGUGUAAAUGUUAUAUGUGCGUAUACUACCGACAUGAUGAAAGAAUUAAUUGGAGAGGAUACGAGUAAAUCGAGUGCAUACAUCGCUAUGUUGAGUAUAGAUGUUCUACGAUGUGUAUCAUUGAGCGUAGCUUGUGUUCUACUAAAAAGAAUGGGUCGAAGACCUUUGGCAUUGUUCAGUGGAAUAUUUACAUCUACGUCAUUGAUAACGUUGGCCCUAUAUUUAUAUUUAGUUAGUACAAAUCAUAUACGAAAUUUAUCUCCAGCUAUAUCUUUAGGUCUUAUGGCUUUCUAUAUAAUUGUUUCAAACUUAGGCAUAUCCCCAUUACCAUGGAAUAUGGUUGGUGAAGUAUUUGCAACAGAAACGAAGGGCUUGGGGUCUGGUAUAAGUGUAAUGAUGACAUCAAUAGCUUUCUUUGGCACUGUAAAAACAGCACCAGCAAUGUUUCACAGUAUAGGACACCAAGGAACAUAUUUGUUUUAUGGGGUGUCUACUUUAAUAGGAACUAUAUUUUUAUUCUUUUGUUUACCAGAAACAAAAGAAAAAACGCUUUUGCAAAUUGAAGAGUAUUUUAGAGGUAACAAAAAGGAAAAGUUAAAAGAUGAAUUACAAAAAAAUCCGUUACUACAAAUUUAGAUGUACUAUCUACAAAUUGUCGUAAGAUCUUUUGUGAUUUCACUCUCGGUAUUUUGUUUCAUAUAGAAUAAUUUAUCAAUAAUAAUUACUUAUCAAUUAGAAAAUUUAAACAACUAAUAAUUUUCUAUAAUUUCUGUAUUAAAAAUAUUAUUUUUUUAUGAAAUGAGUACGACAAGAGAUCAAUGUUGUAUAUAGACAUAACAAUUAAUAAAUCUCGUAGAGUAUUUGUUUGAUAACAAAAAUAGAGUAUAAGAGUAUUUUUUUUUAAAUACGGUAUUAGCUUUAUAAGAUGUAAUAACAUUUUUUUUUUCAAAUUAAAUUUAUUGUCAGAGACCAUACAAUCAAAUAUUUAACUGCAGAGUUUUCUGUAUUAAUCAAGAUGCUACUUAGUCUUAAAAUAAACUAAAUUUUAAUAUGUAUUUAUAUAAUGUCACAUAAAUUUAAUGAACAAUAUUAAUUGGAUUUAGUUAUAGAGGAUGAAUAUAUGGAUACAGGCAUAUUUUACUAGAUAUUGUCUUAGAGUGUUAUGUUUUACUAUUGUAUUGAAUCAAUGAAUGAAUGAAUAUACUUUUAUUUGCAUUUUGCAACAGGAAAUAAAAAACAUAAUCAAUAGAUACAAUACAUGUACUUGUAUAAACACAAUAAAUCGGUCUUGUUGUCAAAAGUAAUAUUUUCAAGAUAAUUUUAUUCAAGAAAAUUUAAUUGUUGACAACUGUGAAUGUAUUAUGAUAAUACUCCUAUAUUAUACAUUUAUACAUUUCUUAUCAGAUUGUUUUUAUGACUUAUUAAAAGGUAAGAUAGUAUAUUGCAAGUUGUGAAAUAAUUGAAUGCAUAUUUUCAAUUGUAAUAUGUUGGCACGAAAUAAAUUUCGACCACAGUUGUCGGGAAAGACAAAUUAGUAAUAAAGAAAAAGAAGUUAAAUGAAGCAUACUGUUUAUAAUAUGAGAAUAAAAAAAAAACACUCUCUACAAAUCUAUGAGUACGAGUAUAAAGAAAAAUAUAAAAUAUGAAUAUGUAGCAGAACCUAUGGAGUGUAUUCCGAGAUAAAUUAAUAUGGAAAAAAAUAUAUUAUAUUUAUCUUAAUAUUAGAGAAGAUGGUAAUUUAAAUUGACGUAGUGGGCAGGCUUAAUAAAAAUAUAGUGUAGUAAAUUAUACGAAAUAUGUGAAUAGUGAUUACCCACAUAUUUACAACAGGUAAUAUUUUUUUUCAAUCUUAUCACACCUGUGUAAGUAAAAGUCUUAGAUAAUUUUGGAUUCAAACUAACAAGAAACGUGUUCAUUAUAUAAGGUAAUCCCUAUUUGUAGUUGGAUACUAUUGAGGUAUUAAUUUAAACGAUAUUUUUGCCAAAAUUAUUUAUUUUUAAAUUUAACGAUAUGGAUUUUUUUUAUUGAUAAAUAACAACAAACUCAUUAUAUAAUUACAGAUAAAAUUAAUGUUUACUUAAUUACUACUUAAAUAUAAUAAACAACAAGAAAAUAAACUUACUUCCACAUUUAAUAAUAUAAAUGUAUAAUUAAGAAUUAAGUUAGUUUGCUUGUUGUUUAAGUUUUUUUUGUUAUUUAUAUUACAUGAUCUAAGUACUUAUCCUAAGAAGAAAUUAUAGGUACUUAAUGUAUUUAAAUUAUGCUAAGUAUAGGUGUAUUCACGUGUAUAUUUUAUAUUUCCUAGUAAGUAUGAUAACUAGUCAAAUUGUGCAAUAAACUGAUAGUUCAGUAGUAGGUUUAAAUUAAAUUAAGUAAUGCGUAUAGCAUUACUCUUAACUGAAUUAUUUGUAAUAAAAUUUUAUUAACAGUGAACAAUGUUU